CGUGUUAAAAAAAUGUAGGCGCGAUGAGUUGUCUUCCCAUAGAAACUUUGAAUUUCGCACCUUUUUCUGCUGCGAAAUUGGAUGUAUUUGAAUUAUAUAAAGUUAUAUUAAUCUUUGAUAUACAUAUAGAAUAUAAAAACUACCGGCUUUUCGAUGUACAUUGAUGCUUUUUUUUCGUUUCCUAGGGAUACCAUACUUUAGUUUGCUUUAUAUUGCUACUGACUACUGACAUAUCCAGCUUGACAGACUAUAGUACAUAUAAUUAAAAGUUUUUUUUAUAUGUACAAAAUAUAUAUUUUAAUGAAGUUUUAUGGAGCCAACUGUAUUUACUCAGAGCAUGUAACUUACGCACACGUAUAUGCAUCGCGUAUACAAAAUGUCUAUAGCUUGCGGGUCCAGCAAUUCCGGCAAGUAUUAACACCUCAGAAUAAACACGAAUCACAUAUGCAAGCAACCCGCUUGAAUUGGGAGACUGGAGCAAGCAAAGAUAUUUUUUCAGAGCAGCAUUAUUUUUAUUAUAGAGGUACAAUAAGUAUAUAGAUAAGAUGGUAGAACCGGCAGAUGACCGAACGAGAUGCACUUUUGGAAUUUUCAGUAGGAGUAGCAAAGAAAGCGCUAUGAUUGUUCGUCCUUGUCACAGUUUAUUUUUUUGAUUCCCCAUCGUAAAUUUUAGUAUAGCUUAAGGUGGGCAACAAAUAACCCGACCAAAUUACGUAGGUUGUUUUUGGUAUGUUGUCAGGAAUGUUAAAACGUAUUUUUAAUUUGGCACAUUGCGUAUGCUCUGUCUCUUACGGGCGUACGCGUACAGCACAUCUAGUUGAUCCUACCAUCUAUGAUUUUUAUUGAUAUUUUUCGUUUGUACCUGGCAACCUUAAUAGUGACAGCUGUCAAAUGUCAUAAUUCUAAUUGCGCGAUUUGUUAGCGAAGGCCGAAGGAAGCGCUUUGUACUAUGUUCAAUUUUAAUCGCCGCGCCGGUGAUUGCCGUUCGCCGGCGUGAUUUGCUGGAUACUGUUAUCAUAUUUCCAGUUAACAUUAAAAAAAACAAUCGCGGUGAAUGGUGAUUUUUCGGGUUUAAUACAUAUAGCGGUAAAUCUUUACUCUUAGCGUAGCAAAAAUGGUCCGUUUCCUGACGAAAGAGAACCUAGAGGGUUUUGAUAAAUAUAAGUAUAAUUCUAUCGAUUCAAGUGUUCUGAGCAACUAUGUUAUGCACCCAUUCUGGAACUGGUGUGUUCAAUUCUGCCCAGUGUGGGUAGCGCCCAACCUGCUAACCUUCACCGGCUUCCUACUGACCGUCCUCAACUUCCUCCUGUUCUCGUACUACGACUACGGGUUCUUCGCGUUAACCGAGGCCGGUGGUGACGGGAUCCCGCGGUGGCUGUGGGCUGUGUCCGCUGUCAACCUGUUUAUGGCCUAUACCCUGGAUGGAAUUGACGGCAAGCAAGCGCGACGCACUGGCACCAGCGGGCCACUUGGCGAGCUCUUCGACCAUGGCCUGGACUCUUAUUCCGCUGUGUUCAUUCCUGCCUGUCUUUACAGCAUAUUCGGCAGAGACGAGCUAAGCCCGCUACGCAUGUUCUUUGUGAUCUGGAACAUCUUCAUCAACUUCUACCUGACCCACUGGGAGAAGUACAACACGGGCGUCAUGUUCCUGCCGUGGGGUUACGACUUUACCAUGAUCGGUUCGUGUCUACUGCUGCUGAUCACGUCAGCUAUCGGUCCGAAGGCGUGGCGCGUGGCGCUGCCCGGCGGCCUCACGCCCGGCGUGGUGUUCGAGCUGGUGCUGUACCUGUCCGCCAUGUUGACUUCGCAGACCACCAUCCUGUUCAACAUAUACAAGUCUUACCGCGACGGCACAGGCAAGAUGCGCUCGCUGAACGAGGCGCUCCGCCCGCUGCGCCCCGUCGCGGCGUUCUUCUCCGUGAGCGCGCUGUGGGCGCUGCGCUCGCCCGGCGACAUCGUCGGCCGCGCCCCGAGACUCUUCUACGUAUUGACGGGAACCAUAUUCUCCAAUAUUAACUGCCGUCUGAUCGUCGCCCAGAUGAGCGGCACGCGCUGCUCCGCCUGGAACGCGUUGCUGCUGCCGUACUCUGUGUGCUGCGCCGCCGCGCUCACGGUGCUCUCUCCGGCCGCUGAACUCUACGUACUGUUCGCGCUCACCGCGGCGUGUACUGUGGCGCAUGUCUACUACGGCACUAGGGUGGUGCAGGAAAUGUGCGAACACUUCAAAAUCAACUGCUUCCGUAUCAAGCCAAAAAUUAAAUAAAUUGGUAGGGUCUAGUCGAAAUGUUUAUUAUAAUUAAUAAUUAAAGGUUGCGGUAGAUAUCUGGUCAAGGUAUUUGUUAAGGACAUAGUGAAAUUUUGCUAUAAAUGUGGCUUUCCAUCAGAGCAGGCUCCUUAUGCAUAUUUAUUUAUUUAAUCUUUAUUGCACAAAAGAAAACCUUAUAGUACAAAAGGCGGACUUAAUGCCAUAAGGCAUUCUCUACCAGUCAACCUUUAGGCAAAGCAGAGAGAUUGUGGGCGGUGCUACUUUAACAACAACAACCAAAUAUAAUACAAUAACAUACCAUACAUACAUAAUACAUACAUACAUAAAUAUACAUACUUAAAUAUAUCGAGCAUAAGGACCCGUCUUUGUGGAAGCCACAAAUGGCGUUUAAUGCAAAGGCAUAUAUAUCUUACUUUAUGGUGGAAACGUGUAUACAUAUAUACAGAUAUAUGAACACAGAACGAACCUAAUUAUAAUUCGCGUACGAGGUCCGAAGAAGCGUAAAAUACCCAUACCAUACCCGGGCCAUUUAUUUAAAGUUUACACUACACUAAUACACUUUGUUUUCAUGUUAUUUCUACUCAAAAUCACGAGCUCUUUUGAUCCUAAUCCAAAAAAAGUGUCCUCUUCCAUUCCGUUACGUCAUACAUACAAAGUGCAUGAAAAUAGGCGGGUCCACAUAGAGCGAGCAUACGCGCGAGGCAAUUUCCUCACGUACAAAACGGCCGAGGCACGUCUACACUGGCCGUUUUGUGCGUGAGGAAAUUGCCUCGCGCGUAUGCUCGCUCUGUGUGGACCCGUCUAUUUGGUAACGGAAUGGAAAUAAAAAUCUUGCCACACUUUUUUCCCCUUUUCAGGAUCGAACGGGAACGUAAUUGUGAGUUGAAAUAACAUAAAAAAAUCCAAUCUUAAAAAAAGAGAGGACAGCUUAAAAUAAAAUGGCCCACUCAAUACCUCAACCCGCAAAUUGCGCGCGUGCGGGAACUAUUUUGUGUUAAAAAACUUAAGCAGUCACUGGUUUCGAUUAGAACCCACGUCUACUACCUACGUCUUCCUAACGGAUGACCAAGAUGCCUGAUGGCGUUAUGUUUGACCCGGAUACAUUGCUGGCGUCAUGUCUGAGUAAUUACAUACGUGUAACGCUCGGGAAUUAAUUUAUUAUAUGCGACUGCCAUUCGGACCGAUAUGGCUCUUUCCUCUCAUUUUAAAAUUAUAGUUCCAUCGGGAUGAAUGCAUGAAACUACAUAGCUUAUGCGGGUAAAAACGAAAAAGUUGAAACUACUCGCCAUGUUGUUGUUUCUCUCCCUUUUGUGUUCCAAUUUUCAGUUUUUCGUUUUUAGAAAAGCGGUUGAAACCAUGAAUCUAGUAACUGGGCAUGAGUGGUGGGGGGAACUGACAGAACGGAAUAGUAGUAUGUAUCUUUCAGUAGGAGUAGCAGAGAAAGCGUUAUUAUCGUUUGUCCUUGUCACUGUCCCACAUUUUUUUUAAAUUCCCCACCGUAAAUUUAGUAUGGUUUAUGGUAGGUAACAAAUAACCCUACCAAAUUACGUAGAUUGUUUUCGGUAUGUUGUCACGAAUGUAAAAACGUGUUUUUAAUUUUGUCGCAUUGCGUAUAUUCCGUCUCUCGAGGCACGCUUAUAGCUCAUCUAUACGAUCCUACCAUCUAUGUUUGAAACUACAAUAAAGCUGCCAAGGGAAAGGUGGGGAACAAAACACUUGCCAAGUUAUUUUUACUUACUUAAAAAAUAUAUACCUGCAUAAGCUACGUAUCUCAAAUUUCAUACUUUCUUCCGGAUGGAACUGUAUUUUAAGUUAAAAAGUCAGACUAAUAUUACAGUGACGACAUAUUUCUUGUGUAGGGUGACUGCUAUUGCCUUGUUUCUUUCUGAUUAAUUACGAGUGGCCAAUUACUAUGGAGGGGCCAAUAAUAUAGCAGGCACCCUAUUCAUAUCUGAUGAUUUGUUAGAACGAAUCUCAUCGCGAGCAACCGAUUUCCAUUUUUUAUAAAUUAAGUCUUGCCAAAUAUGGACUUUAUUUACUUCCUUAGCAAUAAUAUAAGCUAGAAUUUAACCAAAUGUUACUAGAAACACUAGUCAAUAUUACCGCCAGAUAUUUAAAUGGCAUUUUUACAUUUAUAAUACCGUACACGGCGGGAAGAAGUCGAUAAACCGAGAGAAAAAAAAAUUGAAGAAAUUUGAACCUUAUGUAAUUCUAUUUUAAGUUCAAAUUUCUUCUAUUUUAUAUCCCGAGUUAUCAACUUCUCGCUGUGUACCGAAUAGUAGUAUAACAUUUUCUCGUGAACUUUUUAAUCUUUAUCAAACCAUUCAAUAGACUUAAAUAUUUUUCGAUCAUUCUUGUUGUAAUGAUUUCGAUACUUAUACAAAUAUUAGUAUGCAGUGUAUCUGACCAAUUAUUGAAAUAUUAAGCCUGAAGCCAAUAACACACUUUUAGAUAGCUAGGAAUUUAAUAGGUACCGCAAAACCACCCCACUAUAAAGUUCAAAAUCUCCCAAGUGUGGGUUAAAAUUAACUCAGUCAUCUUCGUCCUACUCAUAGGAGAUAGCGGUGUUGAUUUAAAACUCGUAGGGGAUAGCGGUGUUUGUGUCUUACAAAGUCUAUGCAACAAGCAAGGGAAUAGGCGGGUUCACACAGAACUGCAGCCUCGCGAAGCAGCUCGGUCGGUGUGGACGUGCCUCGCCCGAGGCAAUGCGGCCGAGGCACGUCUACACAGAUCAAGCUACUUCGCGCGGCAAUUUCCUCGAGAGGCAGCUCGUUCUGAGUGGACUGGCCUAUUAAGUUGUGACUAUUAUUUGAAUUUCAUAGUUCUACAAGAAAAACUCAUACAAAACUAAAAAUAACGGGUUAUUUCCUUUAGUUAAGGUAGAAGUACUAGUGCUCGACGCUGCACUAGUACUCGACAUGGGCACUUUAUGUCAAAGUGACAAGGAUUAAGUUCGAAUACAGAAAAAUCUUCGUUGUUCAAAUUUAACCUAUAUUUCCAUGAAAUAAAGUGCCCAUGUCGGUGACUAGUCCAGCGUCGAGCACUAGUACUUCUACCUUACCACCAAUUUAUGACCAGUGGUAACUACUGGACAUUUUGUCUCACCUUUUACCACUGGUAACUACUGGGAAAAAAGUCCCAUUAGUUACCAUCAACUCGGUUUGGUGGUCACUUUUAAGGCAGUUUACUAUAACAGUAAUCGUCAUCAUAAUUAACUUAAAAUUAAUUAAUUGAUUAGUUGGUAAAAGUUGUGAAAAAAUUCCCAGUAGUUACCACUGGUAAGAACUAAGUGUUAACUAGUGGGAAUAACCCAAAAUAACAUUGCUAUUUCUUUCAUUAAGUGUUGAACUUGUCGACCAUCGUUGUAUUUAGUUAGUACUGGAAUAUAGUUGGGUGGUUUACUUUAAAUGUUUUAUUUUGUUUGCAAUUCGAAUGAAAUGAGGAACUGAUAUUAUAGAUAGUCGAUAGCAUGCCAGAAACGUGCAUGUGCGUUCUAAUUGUACAUUUUUGAAGCAUUUAUUUAGACAGAAAUUAAGUUUAGCAAAUAAUCCCAGUGAAUCUCUAGAAAUUGUGAAUCAAUACUUAGUUGUUUGGAAAGGGUAACAUCAGGAGAAUUGCCCAGUGACACACAAAUUAUACCGCUGUUUAUUACCUUACCUUAUUACCUUAUUGACAUGAUCAAGUUUACAUAUUAAUCAGUAUGACCGUUUUUUCGGUGUCGAAAAAGACCCACUGGAUAUACAAGGUCUAUCAAAGAUAGUGGAAGGAGUAGGAGGAUGAAAAGUGGUUCGGUAUCAUGUUCUGAUUAAGAAAGGUAGAAGAUUUUUUUUUGACGUGACAAUUUUUCUGCAUCCAUUGCAAAGACCGCUGAAUACACAAGGCCUACCGCGAACACCUAAGUAAGCAAAUUGCGGGAAUCUUUCUCUUUUACUCCAAUUACGGCGUAAUUAGAGUGACAGAGAAAGAUGUCCGCAAUUUGCAAACUUCGGUGUUGGCGGUAGGCCCUCAGUCACCUUAUUGAUAUAGUCAAGUUUUAUAAUGUUUGACACUGGACAAUUUUCCCAGACUGUCCAAAGAAUUAAAUUUCUUUUUUGUACCAUGGCAAGGGCGAAAAAGCAAUAGGAAGCAGCUAAUGUAGGCUGAGGACGCCUACACCCCAAUGUUGUCAAAUAAACAUGGACUGCAUGGAUAUGCAUUUUUAUAGGUACUAAGGAUAUAUAUUUGGGAUCCAGUAAUGUGUAAAUAAGUGGAAUUCUUGUUGUUCUAGGGUGUCAUUGGAAUCUUAUUUAAUUAUAUUCCAAAUAUUAUUUUAUUCAUAAGUUUUAUAACAAUACAGUGAGACAUCACCAAUUUAUAUGCAAAUGUAAUGAUGAAUGCACUUUUAGUCUGGUUCUGUCUAAAGAAUGAUAGCAAGGCAGCUAGUAAAAUUGCAAAAAAUAGAAAUUCUUAUACAAUACAUAGUUGUAACCGAAAAUUAUUACGCGAAGCAGCUCAAUCUGUGUAGACGUGCCUCCGUCGCAUUGCCUGGGGCGAGGCACGUCUCCACUCCACCGACCGAGCCGCUUCGCAAGGCAAUUGUCUCGCGAGGCUGCUCGCCCUGUGUGGACCCGCCUAUCGUUAUUAGAAAACGUUAAUCAAACCUUAAAUAAGCAGGUCCACACAGAGCGAGCAUACGCGUGUGGCAAUUUCCUCGCGCGCAAAACGGCCAAAGCGCGUCUACACUGGCCGGUUCUAUCGCGAGGAAAAAUGCCUCGCGCGUGUGCUCGCUCUACUGUGUGGACCCGCCUAAUAAUGUAUGAAAACAUUUACUUACCACAUUCACUGCCAGGAACCCACCUGGUGGGCGCUCGUGAACUUUGUUCAGAUGCCGGACAACACGCUGGGCGGGUUGUUUUAUACGCAGCUAUAGACCACCGGUUUCUGGGAUAGUGCGCCGUUUUUUGUCUGGCAGUAAAUGUGUUACAUGACUUUUUGAAGCAUUGGUCAUUCAGAUAUUUUUUCUUUUCGUUUGGCUUUUGUCUAUGUACAAUACUUACGUAAUAUUGAAUUGUAAACGUUAAUUAGAAUUCAAGGCGAAUAUAAACUGUCGUGAGACAUACUAACAUUAAACUAACUUUACGGUUUACACUCCGUGUUUAGUACGUGUACCACGGCCGUCGUGAACGCUGCUCUCAGAAACAUGUCGCGCGAGUAAUUAAAAACACGUGAGUGUAAACCGUAAAAUUAGUUUGAGAAUUAAAGUUUUUGCUCUGAACACGUGCUAUGAUUCUUUAGACAUUAUGUUAUCUCAAAAUUGUGAACAAAGAAUCUCUUCUAGUUAAUACCAAAAUUAUACACAAUGAAUUUUUGUUCCGUAAUAUUAACAAAGACAGCUCAAUAUUGUACCUGUUUAAUUUAUUUAUACUGUUAUCAAAUUAUGUUUUAUUUCCUGGCGGUCACUGUAAAGAUAUCUUUUUAAUAAAAAAUGUUUUAAGUCUCAA